AUGCUUAGAUUGUGUAUGCUCCUGUGUUUGUUGGGUCCGUCAUGGGGCUACGAGGUGGAACAGAUUACUGAGCCCCUUUUGUUGGGCGAAGGCCCACAUUGGAAUGCAUUGACUCAGUUGCUAUACUUCGUAGAUAUUACUAACUCAACCAUUCACGUUUAUGAUCCUUCAACUGGCGUUCACAACUAUACUUCACUUGACGGUGGGGCUGUAACUUUUAUCAUACCGAUAGCAGGAACAACAGAUGAAUUCUUAAUUUCAACAGAAUUAGAUAUAAGACAUGUUAUAUGGGAUGGACAGCAGGAUUCAACGCCAACAUCAACAAUUAUUUAUAGCGCAGUACAAGAUUCAGAUGGUUCUAGAUUUAAUGAUGCAAAAGUAGACCGCUCUGGAACCCUUUGGGCAGGAACCAUGGGAUCAGAGUCUGAGGUUGAUGAAGUAACAGAGAGAACUGGGAAAUUAUACAGGGUAACCCCAUAUACCUCAAUUACAAUACAAUUAGAAGAUCUUUUGAUUUCAAACGGUUUAGCAUGGUCUGCGGAUGGAACUAUCAUGUAUUACACAGACACUGGCGAUAAUACGAUUGAUUCCUUCGAUUUCAAUGCAACUGCUGACAAUCCAUUGAGCAAUAGACAGCGCUUAUUCAAUUUUACUGAACAAGCAAUAAAUGGUACUAGCGACGGAUUUACAAUUGAUACUGAUGGAAAUCUUUGGCUGGCAUGCUAUGGUGGAUACCAGGUGAUAGUUGUGAACCCUACAAACGGUUCAUUACUGAUGUCUAUUCCACUCAACUCUUCAAAAGUGACAUCAUUAGCUUGGGGUGGACCAGAAUUGGAUGAAUUAUAUGUAACCACCGCGAAAAAGGGUUUGUCAGAUGAUGAGCUUACUAAUUAUCCUGAGAGUGGAGCAACUUACAGAAUAACAGGGCUUGGAUCAAGAGGCUAUGCUGGAGACAACUAUGUGAUGUACACGACGACAACAACAACAACAACAACAUCUGAUUCAAAUUCUCUGCAUUUGAUAAAGAUUUCUACUUUUAUUUAUGCAUUCAUUAUCUUAAUACUCACUUGUAGUUAAUGCUGAAAAUAACUCUCAUUAUAUUUAUUGCAAAACCAUCAAAACUGCUAGAUUAACAUUUGUGGUACAUACAUGAUUGAAGGCAUGGUUUUAGAUUAGUCUCUUUUUAUAUUGAAUUAAUACAACCAUUACUCGGUAUGCAUUAUUACUUUUUAACUGGCAACACUAUUAAUGUAUCUGAUUUCACAAUAUUGUAAUACCAUUUGUACUUCACCUUUCUUUACCCUUCUGAAUUAUGAUGGCAUAGAUUACCUGUUUAUUGCUUGUAUGUAACUACCAAUAAUUAUUAAUAUAACACAGAACCACUAACAAACACAAAACAAUUCCAAAAAUAUAGUGAAAAUUUAUUAUAUCCAUUUACACAUAUUACUAGCAUUGGUAGUGAAGUUUCAAUUUACUGACUCUAUUGAAAUGCAAUAAAAAUAUCAAUCAAGUGAAAUCUGGAUGAAAGAAAUUCUCCAGUUGAACUGGUUUAAGAUUUCUUAACUUUCAAAAAAACUAAUGUGGGAUUAUACCAACCAGACAUGUACAAUAUUUUGUUAAUAUCUAAAUUAAUUAAUUGUCAGGGAAAAAUAAAUAAUUUAUGUAUUUUAUUGAUAUAAUGUUGAAUGAUUAACAUUUACAUUGUUUGACUUAACAACAAGCAACAAUAUAAAUUAUAAAAAGUCUUGACUAUCCCCUUCCCAAGCACAUAUUUAUUUCUACAGCGAUGAUUGCUUUCAAUACUUUGUAUUUGCAACCAGUAAUCGCAUGUUUGCUUAGUUAUAGUUUGAAGAAUUUGCAAGCAUUAUUAUGAAAAUGUUAUUGGUAAGUAGCUAAAAAGAAAAUUCAUGAAUUUAGUCUACUCAAAAUCAUGGGUAAUGGUUGAUAACAUGAUAAUCAUAUUUAUAGUUUUAAAUACUUUUUUUAUAUUAUUUUUUUUUAAUUGUAUAAUAUAUUUGUCUUGUAUCUUCAGUCUUCACUGAGUUCUCUAAUCCCCUUCUCCGAAUUCACGACCAUCUUCAAGAUUCCUCAACUUUUUAAAUAUUAGUUGCGAUCUAUUUCACAAAUAACAUGUUUUUUAUCAUUCCAUAAUUUUUCAUUCAUUACUCUAACUAGCAGAUUAAAUUAAUACGAGAGACAAGCAAAGUUGCCGCAUUCCCCCGCCCUGUCUUCAAAGGUUUAAAUGUAGGCAAACUUCUGUUCGAGUUGACAAAAUGAAAUUGUUAAUAUAUUUCGAAUGAUCCAAACUUGACCUUACCUUUGACUAGUUCAAUCAAGAUCUAUAAAACUAUUAACUGUAAAAACUUGAUUGACUUGCUCGCUUCUCAAUGUUAGAAGUUACAGUCUU